AUGUCCUCCUCUUUUCGGGCCCUCGCGGCGGCCAUCGCACCGGCCGUCGUCUACGCGGCAACCCUGCAAGAUGUCUGCACCACGGAGCACGCCCAGCAGGCCCUCCCCGCCGCGGGCACUAUCCCCGGCGUUACCAUCGACUCCGCCUCCGUCCAGACCGCCGUCGUCACCGGCGCCAAUGUCUCCUCGGAGUGGUACCCCUCCGCCACCAUCGACUACUGCAACGUCACCUUCGCCUACUCCCACGACGGCCUCGCCAACGACGUCGUCCACGUAACCUACUGGGUACCCGCCCCGGACGCCUUCCAGAACCGCUACGUCUCCACCGGUGGCGGCGGCCUCGCCAUCAACUCCGGCUCCCAGUACAUCCCCACCGGCAUCAUCGCCGGCGCCGUCUCCGGCAUCACCGACGGCGGCUUCGGCGACUUCAACACCCAGUGGGACGCCGUCUUCCUCGCCGCCAACGGCACCAUCAACUGGCAGUCCGUCUACAUGUUCGGCUACCAGGCCCACAACGAGCUCGCCGUCCUCGGCAAGCAGUUCGCCCGCAACUUCUUCGCCGUCCCCGCCGAGACAAAGCUCUACUCCUACUACCAGGGCUGCUCCGAGGGCGGCCGCGAGGGCUGGAGCCAGGCCCAGCGCUUCGGCGACCAGUUCGACGGCGUCGUUGCCGGCGCCCCCGCCUUCCGCUACGGCCAGCAGCAGGUCAACCACCUCACUGCAAACGUCAUGGAGACCACCGCCAACUACUUUCCGCCGUCGUGCGAGCUGGAGAAGAUCCUCAACCUCACCAUCGCCGCCUGCGACCCCCUCGACGGCAAGACCGACGGCGUCAUCGCCCGCUCCGACCUCUGCAAGAUGACCUUCGACUUCAACACCACCGUCGGCCAGGCGUACUCCUGCGAGGCCACCUCCGGCAGCGGCACCGGCGGCUUCGGCGACCUCGCCAAGCGCCAGGGCCCGCCCUCCAACCCGGGCCCCGCCCAGAACGGCACCGUCUCCGCCCAGGGUGCCGCCCUCGUCAAGCAGUACUACGACGGCCUCAUCGACUCGCAGGGCAAGCGCGUCUACCUCAACUACCAGCCCGGCUCCGCCUUCACCGACGCCAACGCCAAGUUCGACUCCGCGACCAACACCUGGGGCGUAAGCAUCUCCGGCCUCGGCGGCGAAUGGGUCGCGCGCUACCUCCAGCUGCGCGACACCUCGACCCUCGAGUCCCUGACCAACGUCACCGCCGACACCCUCCGCGACUGGAUGCUCUACGGCAUGAACAAGUACGCCGACUCCCUGCAGACGACGCACCCGGAUCUCUCCGCGUUCCAGACCGCCGGCAGCAAGAUCCUGCACGUCCACGGCGAGCAGGACGACUCCAUCCCCGCGGCGUCGUCGGUGCACUACUACGAAUCCGUGCGCAGCAUCAUGUUCCCGGGCCAGGGCUUCAACGAGAGCUCCGCGGCGAUGGACGAGUUCUACCGGCUGUACCUGGUGCCUGGUGGCGCGCACUGCGGGGCGAACUCGCACCAGCCGGGCGGUGGGUGGCCGCAGACGACGCUGCAGACGGUGAUUGACUGGGUUGAGAAGGGGGCUGCGCCGGACACGCUGAACAGCACCGGGGAGGGGAUCGGUGAGCUGUGCAGGUGGCCGCAGCGCCCGCUGUGGACGGAUAACGGCGCCGGGUUCAGCUGUGUGUAUGACCAGGCGUCAAUUGAUACCUGGAAGUACACGUUUGAUGCAUUCAAGAUGCCUGUUUACUAG